UUACUGCAGCACGAGCUGAAAGCGGAGAACAAGCCCAGACACAACGCGCGAUCGCGGUCACACGAUGAGCGCUUUAAAUCCGCCAAUCUGAGGAACGGGGUCUUCUACGCUGAACACAAUAAAUCUAUAUCUCAGAAAUCUGGCAAGACAGGAACCAACCAAUGAUGAAGCAUUUGGAAUAAUUGAAAUUAUGCUUUUAAUAUACGGGCGUUAAUACUGCAAUUUGCCAAGCCAAGGCUACCUGUGUUAAAGGAAUUUCGUCCCUCGUUAUUUUGACUUGAACCGAAUAGCGUUUCCACUGCAAGUGAAGAUGGACGAGCUCGCGAAUGCAGCAGUGUUAGGCAACAUCGAAGAUGUGAAAGCUUUGCUUCAGAAAAUAGACGAUGUCAACGGGUUGAAUAGCUAUGGAAGGACACCGUUGCAGGUGAUGAUGAUGGGCAGUACCCCGGUAGCAUUGUUGCUACUUCAGGCUGGAGCCGACCCCAACAUCCGCGACCGGCACACCGGGACAACACCGCUUCACGACGCGGCCAGGAUGGGCUUUCUGGACACGGUGAAAAUUCUCGUUAAGUUCUACGCGGAUCCGAACGCCCGUGACAACAGAGACUGUCAACCGAUCGAUCUGGCACAAGAAAACGACCACAUGGCGGUCGUUGACUUUUUGAAGACUUUAUAGAUUCUAUAGGGAUACAGACUUUAUAGAUUCUAUAGGGCUACAGAUGAGCAGGACUCGCUGGCGCCUAUAAAUUAUUCAUAUUCGUUUCUAUUAUAUAUUAGUCUCUUUGCAUGCAAGAUCACGUAAAGCACUUUUUAAAGCCAAUCAUUUUAACGGUUUAUAAAUUAAAUAAGCCACAUACAAUGGGCUAAAUGUAUAGAGCUGGCCUACACACUAUUAGUAUUUGUAUUCAGAUCUAAUAAUUGCGAUAUGUUACACUACUGUAUUGGUCUUCAGUAGGCUAUGUUCGGGUGAAAUAUUUUCUAAAAUGGAUUAAAUGCACAAUCAUGACAAAGAAUACACUUUUAAUGGACAACGCGAUCAUUGUAUGCAAUUUAAUUUUAAAUGGUUUUACCAUAUUGUUAAAUAGCCUAUGCCUAUUUAACUAUAAAACAAUAACAAACAGGUCUAUACAAUUGUGUAGACCUGCUGUAGGCUAUCGUAUAGCCCACAAUAGGCCUACAGUUUUUACUCGUGAUUUAAAGUGAUGAAAACAUGAAACAUUUAACGUUAAAACCUUGUCGACGAUUCCUUUGUCAAUAAAAUAAGUAAAUUAUUCGAUCUACACUAUCUUAAUGUGAAUGGGUCUAGUUAGGGUAGGCUAAAGCCAACAAUAUAAAAACGAAAUUGUAUUUAGGCCUUCAGAAACGAUAGCCUACGAAUAUUUAAAAACCGGUGGGAAUUAUGUCUCUUCAACUCGAUAACCCACUUAUUUUAAUCCAAUUUUGACAAAUGAAGUGUGGCUUCAAGUAAAAUACAUUUUCAAACUGCAUAGGCCUAAAUAUAUAAUUACAUAUGUCUACAUACACCUUUGGAACGAACAUAAAGUAGCCUAAUUUUGACGAAAUUAAAGAUGUCAGUCAAGGUCAUACACAUUUUUAUUUUUAUAAAGAAGUUUUUUUAAAUAUAAUUUUUUAGAUGUUAAGUUGAGCCUAUAUUUUUUUCAACUCUUCUAACCCCCUUGGAACAAAUUGUCACGAGACUAGCAUCGUGAACUACUGUACAGCUCGAGAUAAGGACAGGGCGCGCCUUCAAAUACGAAAGUCAUUUGUAGUAGGCUAAAUGUCAGACAUUUUAUAAAUAAUGAUUAUGUAGGCUAUGUAAUGUGAUGCAAACGGUUUAUCACAUUUUAUGACAGGGUCGCAUUGAAAGGUUAUGUCAACGCGUUUACUAGGCCAAGCACAAUUUAGAAAGUUUAUAAUAUAAACACGCGGGCUGCAGGGUCAUGGAUAUUCUUGUUUUGUAAACGUGAAAAACCAGAGGCCUAAACAAAACUUCAGGAUCACACGCCCUGUACAAGACUGUCUUAUCGCCUCGUGCCAGACGGGUGACAAAGACGCAAAUAACUUUGGAACAGCGCUGCUACAUUUUGCACGAGCGGGCAACAAGUGAUGGGUGAGGGGUGGCGAUAUUGAACCAAGGAAGAAUGUGCUGCUGUAGUGAACUUGUUAAAUGAACAAAUUGUUUACCAUGGCACAUAUUUCUUGGCCUUCUAGGAAGGGGGGGUAUUGAAGCAAAGAAGAAUGUGCUGCUGUAGUGAACUUGCCAAAUGAACAAAAUGUUUACCAUGUUUUACAUUUCUUUGAGGUGCAUGACAAAGUUGAUGAGAUAAUUUCUCCUGUGUAGGCUACGUGCAUGCAUGGCGGGAUAUGUUUUGGAGAUGCUGAUUGUAGAGACAAGACUUAUUUCACAAUGCAAAAUCAUAAUUUAUUUAUCUUUUACUGUCUGACAGCAACAUUCAUAACAUAACGCUUGUAUGUUUAAAAGCAAGCCAGCUCAAUGCCAUCAAACCAGAAGGAAACUGUUAGUCGGUAUUAAGGGAAGAUUUACUGUAAGCAUGAUAGAGCUGCUCGGAGUUCUCUAAAAUGUAUCCCUGUUUCCUUGUCUGCAAAAACAUAACUGACCUUUUUGUUCCUCCGUCUUUCAAAUUCCAACUCGCUGGAAAAGCUAUAAUAUUAUCGUCAUUCAUUUCUCAUCGCGACCGCGCGUUCGGUCACCGUCGACAAGUCGGCAACUUCCUCUUUUUUUUUUUAAGACAAAUAAAUGAGGAAAGCUCAUCUGAUUAUCUUUGCACGUUAUGCCUUUGACACAACCUGCGAACACGAUACGGAAGAUUGUUACAUAUCAUUAUUGUAAACAUUAUUUGAAGGUAUGACCUGUUUUGGCACUGUAGUUUAUAAUAAUUAUGGUACAGCAUGU